UCGUAGAUCUACAGGCCUGGACUGGUUUUCUACUGGAUCCAAGGACCCCAUAUGUCAUGGUUUUCUACUGGAUCUAAGAACCCUAUAUGUCAUUUAAUACUGACCCUUGGUCAGUUUUCUCCGAAGAAAUUUGUCCCCUGAGUCAAUAUUCUACGGGGGGCACUUUUCGUCGUAACAAAGAAAACCAUGGGAUUUUGAGAAAAUUUAACCAUGCACAUUUGCAUUGGCGUCGGAACCGGAUGGGGACUUUUUGCAAAGUUAGACUUAACCAUAACUAAUUUCCUUUUUUCUGCUUGUCAAGGUUUCUAAUGAGUCUUGUCCCCCCCCCCCCCUUCCCCAAAUUUCAAUUUUCCUUCCGACGCCUCUGACUCGCAUAAAAUAAUAUAAGUCCUUUUCUACAUUUUUCUAAGUAAGCGAUGUAGGCGAGGUCUCCGCGGUAAAUUACUUCACUUCGAGGAUAACUUUACCGGUAUCGCAUUUGGAGGGCCUAUCGACGGCCCGUGUCAUGCCUGAAGUAAUCGUGUGAUCGUGACCAUGCCUUUAACAUUUCCCGUGAAAAUCUCCACAACGGAAAUGCAUACCGCUGGAGAACCCUUACGAAUUGUAGAAAGCGGACUCCCUGAGUUGCAGGGUGCGACUUUGCUGGAUAAGAUAAACUACAUGAGAGACAACCUGGACGAAUACAGAAAACUGUUGAUGUGGGAACCACGAGGUCAUUUUGAUAUGUAUGGUGUCCUGCUGGUGACACCAGAUAUUGAAUCUUGCGAUUUUGCCUGUAUUUUUAUCCACAAUGAAGGUUAUUCUACAAUGUGUGGUCACGCUGUCAUAGCUUUGGGACGUUACGCCAUAGAAAAAGGGCUCAUUAAAACGAUCACUUCUCCGGAGACUCAAGUCAACAUCCAGUGUCCGUGUGGUCCCGUGACUGCUUACGUCACAUAUGACGGUCAGAAGACCGGAGCUGUCAGGUUCCAAAGUGUUCCAUGCUUUGUUUUCAAACCAGACUUGGCUGUAGAGGUCCCUGGCUAUGGUCACAUUACGGUGGACAUUGUUUAUGGAGGCGCUUUCUACGCUAUUGUACCUGCCGGACAGUACGGACUGGACAUCCGGGAAUCCAAGGUGUCAGAGCUAAGGGCGGCUGCUGGUGCCACAACAGACGUUUUGAGAAAACAAUUGGAGUUGUCCCACCCAGAGACGGAGGGUGUGUCGUUCGUGUACGGUACGAUUCUGACGGACGGAAACGACGACUACUCAGAGGAAAUCACAGACACCAUGUGUGUCUUUGCGGAAAGAGAGGUUGAUAGGUCACCUUGUGGGUCAGGGACAUCGUCCAGAAUUGCUCUUCAGUACUUCAAGAACAAGGUCAAGGUUAACCAAUCAAGGACGUUCAGAGGUCCUUCUGGAGACGUGUUUACUGCAAAGGUGGUCAAAGAGGUCAGCUGUGGAAAAUACCGAGCUGUUGUCACUGAAGUCAAAGGUCAUGGUUAUUUCUGUGGAAAUUCUACUUUCACCUUGGAAGAAAACGAUGUCCACGGAAGAGGGUUUCUUUUACAGUAGCAGACUUGCAGUUGGAUUAAUUUUACCUAUUAAGCACAAAAAUAGCAGAGAACCGAAUGGAACUAUAAACAAUAGUUAUAUUUUCAUCGUAUACUUGGUAAUCAAAAAUUUUGAUAUAGUACACUUUCUUAUAUAAUAUACAGCUUAUUGAAAUAAUAGUUUUGAUUUGAUCCUGUAUCCUAAUACAGUGUAAUUCAUUUAAACAAUAAAAUGCUUUCUAUGGUGAUCCAUUCGGGAUAAUACACAACCCGCGUUAGCGUGUUAUGUUAAUUUUUUCUGCACUGAAAAAAUUAUAACCCGCAUGAAUCAUCAAAGAAAGCAUUUUAUUGUUUAUAUUAACAUCUUCCUUUUAGAUAAUUAGUAAAUUGAUUGUGAAAAGUUAGUAAAAUUAACUAAAUUACUGUUAAUGUACAUAAGUACGUAAGCUAAAAGAAACAGCCUAAUCGUGUCUUGUGAGACUUUGAGUCUGACAUCAUCAUGAUUUUUUCAUGCAGUCCGUGGUUUUCCCUAGGUCGCUGUAGGUUUGGACAAAUCGAUAAACAGGGCGUGUCAUUUUCAGUCCUGUCACUUUCUUGUCAGUUGCAAGCUAUGUAGAUUUUGACCAAUCGAUGAACGAGGUGUGUAGAUUUUAGUCUGGCUGUUUCUAUAGAGCUAUGAAUUAACUAUAAGUUCCCGUAUGAAAUAGAGGAAAUAAUACUAGGUAGAUGUAAAUAUAAUUUAUCAAUAAGCAUUUUCAUACAUAAAUAUUCUCGAUCCUUGAUCUAUAAGUGCAAAUGCAUAAUUCAGUCCAAACUUGUAUAUAUAUAUUUAUUCGAAUGUUUUAAAUAUAUAUUUACAAUAUACAAGUUUUACCUUUUGAUGACUGUACAUGUAUAUAGUAAUAAAUUACAGAGUACAUUUGGAAUCAAGUCAUUUUUCUUUUCAAAAAAAUCCUUAAAGCUGUUCCACGGUGGAAACCUAAAUCUUUUCGAUUAAAAAACUUUUUCUGGCUUUUGUUAAUAUUGUGACAAAAUAAUACUUUUUAUUACCUAAUCAAAAAGAGUUUGUUGUUUUAUUAAAGAAUAAAUAUUUUCUCGUAUU